UUCACCCUCACAAUGUCAAGGAGUGUUAAUGAUGUGUUCCCUCUCCAUUGCAUUCCCCACCUGUCAUCUUGCUAGGAUCUAACAACAGAAUGAACAUAGCAGCUGUGUUUAAUGCCCUGCUCGUAUCUGUCCUCGCUGCCGUGCUGUGGAAAUACUUCAAACUACGAGAGCAUGUCUUCAUGGUCGAAGAGGAGUUGGUCCUUACACGUCAGUCUCAGGAACUCUCUCAGGUUCAGAUUGAUUACCACGAAGCUCUGCAGGCACUGGUGGAGGACGGUACCAGGAUGGUGUGCACUGGCAGGAUGCACACUGACCGCAUCUGCCGCUUUGAGUCCCUCUGCUACUCUACUGAGGCUGAGGAGUUUAUCUACUUUCAUAGCAACUCCUCGGUCAUGCUGCCCAACCUGGGCUCCCGGAGGUUCCAGCCGGCUCUGCUCGACCUCUCCUCAGUGGAAGAUCACAACACCCAGUACUUCAACUUUGUGGAGCUGCCAGCUGCUGCGCUGAAAUUUAUGCCAAAGCCGGUCUUCGUGCCUGAUGUGGCACUGAUUGCUAACAGGUUCAACCCAGACAACCUGAUGCACGUCUUUCAUGAUGACCUCCUCCCCAUUUAUUACACCAUGCAGCAGUUCUCUGAUUUAGGUCUGGAGGCACGGCUCUUCUUCAUGGAAGGGUGGAGUGAAGGUGUUCACUUUGACCUCUACAAGUUACUGAGUAACAAGCAGCCGCUCCUCAGGGAGCAGCUUAAAACCCUGGGCAGGCUCCUCUGCUUUACCAAAUCAUAUGUAGGACUGUCCAAAAUUACCACCUGGUACCAGUACGGAUUUGUCCAACCACAAGGGCCGAAGGCUAACAUCUUGGUUUCUGGUAACGAGGUCAGGCAGUUCACCAAAUUCAUGAUGCAGAAGCUGAAUGUCACCAUGGAGGAAAGCUCCAGUGAGGAGUACAUUGUAGUGUUCAGUCGAACAAUCAACAGACUUAUCCUAAAUGAGGCAGAACUAAUCCUGGCUCUCGCGCAGGAGUUUCAGAUGAAAACCAUUACUGUCUCUCUGGAGGAGCAUUCGUUUUCUGACAUCGUCCGGUUGAUCAGCAAUGCGUCCAUGCUGGUCAGUAUGCAUGGGGCCCAAUUAGUCAUGUCUCUCUUCCUGCCAAGAGGUGCCACAGUGGUGGAACUCUUUCCUUAUGCUAUCAACCCUGAACACUAUACCCCUUACAAAACCCUGGCAACCCUUCCUGGCAUGGACCUUCAGUACAUUGCCUGGCAGAACACUGACAGGGAAGACACCGUUACGUACCCGGACAGACCUUGGGACCAGGGUGGGAUUGCUCAUCUGGACGAAGCUGAGCAGGAGCGCAUCAUUAAGAACACAGAGGUGCCGCGGCACCUCUGCUGCCGCAACCCUGAGUGGCUGUUCCGUGCCUACCAGGACACAAAGGUGAACAUCCCUUCUCUCAUCCAAGUGAUCAGACAGACUGUGAAGUCUAAGCCCGGACCCAAGAAGCAGAAAUGGUCUGGUAGCCUCUACCCUGGCAAAGUGAGGGAUGCCAAGUGUCAAGCUUCUGUCCAGGGCACGAGCGAAGCUAAACUUGCCGUGUCCUGGCAGAUCCCCUGGAACCUGAAGUAUCUGAAGGUCAGAGAGGUGAAAUAUGAAGUGUGGAUACAAGAGCAAGGGGAAAACACUUACAUGCCUUAUAUAUUGUCCCAUCAGAAUCAUACCUUCUCAGAAAACAUCAAGCCCUUCACGAUAUACCUAGUGUGGAUACGCUGCAUCUUCAACAAAAAUCUUCUGGGACCUUUUGCAGAUGUGCUGUUGUGCAGUACAUAA